UAAAAACCAAAAUAAUUUAGGACACUAUUUUCCGACGCAGGUUUUAAAAAAAAAUUAUUAGGUAACUGUAUCAAAUUUGCGUUUUAAUUGCAUCAAAUGAACUGAUACGAGGUUUUAUUUUCUUUCCGAUUCCUUUUUCAAGGGAAAAGAAGAGCUUUUCAAGGGCGAUUGAGAAGAGCUAGAAGCAUGGGGUUUUUUGGACACGGAAAAUAAUUUUGAAAGGGAUCACAUCAUUGAGUAUGAACGAUCGGUAUUGGGUGAGUGGUCAAGUGUCGGUGGUGGGCGAAUGUGAAUCCAUCGUGCAUUCAGUCGAGCAUCGGCCUCUCACCGUGAAACGUUUUAGUUUCUAUCACGUUUGCGCGCUUUUUUUUUCUUUUCUCUCUCCAUUUCUUUUUUAAAUUCCAUUGUCAUCGAUUUCGUAACAUCUAACGAUAGCAAAAAAAGAAACGAAAAUUAAUCGAAAAAUUUGUCAGUGCUUGACAGAAGAAACGCGAAAAGGGAAAAGAAAAAAAAAAUAAAUAGUCUCACGUUCAACAAGUGCCGAGAGUGUCUAUCGGAUCUUUGAAAAGGCACGUGAACAACUAUUCAAUUGAAAUUGGAAGUAAUGGCUUAUCACUAGGAGAGAAGGAUAUCUCUGUGACAUGAGAGAGUGACUUUGAAAAUAAUGAGGAGGAGCGGUGCGAGAAAACAUGGAGGCGCCGAGGGAGAAGGAGCAUUAGUUUUGCUCCUUGUCGCAUUGGCUCCUAUUCUCUGCUCCGCUGGAAUCCUGGACCCUUGGCAAUGGGCACGCAGUGAUCGAAUCGAAGUCAACAUUCCAUGGCUACCUUUUGAAAAUGAAACACGCUGCUAUGGUGAGCUGGGAUGUUUAAACAUCACAAGAAGUUGGUAUCAUCUCAUUCAUCGACCUCUCAAUGUAUUUCCUUUGCCACGAGAGGUCAUUAACACAAGGUUCAUACUUUACACCAAUGAAAAUCCCAACGAAGGCCAAGUUUUGAUAGCAAGUAAGGAUAAAUCGAUAAAACGUUCAAACUUUGAUGCCGAGAAGAAAACAAAAUUUAUCAUACACGGUUUUAUAGACACGCCGCUCAGCAAUUGGGUGAAGGAGAUGAGGAAUGAGCUGCUAAAGCAUGGUGAUUACAACGUCAUAAUUGUCGAUUGGGCAGGCGGAAGUCUUCCUCUUUACACUCAAGCCACGGCUAAUACGAGGCUCGUUGGUCUCGAAAUUGCAAAUCUCGUCAAACACCUUCAGGUAAAUUACGGUUUGGACAUGAGCGAAGUUCAUUUAAUUGGCCACAGUCUCGGAGCACACACGGCAGGAUACGCGGGUGAAAAAUUAGGAGGUGCAAUUGGCAGAAUAACUGGAUUGGAUCCAGCCGAACCAUAUUUUCAAGGGAUGCCAAGUCAUUUGCGUUUAGAUUACACGGACGCUCAAUUAGUCGAUGUCAUUCACACAGACGGGAAGAGUAUCCUUUUCCUAGGAUUUCCAGGGUACGGGAUGAGCCAACCGUGCGGUCAUUUGGACUUUUAUCCGAAUAAUGGAAAGGAGCAACCUGGCUGUACGGAUCUUAGUGAGACAACACCGUCAUUGCCAUUGACAUUGAUACGCGAGGGUCUUGAGGAGGCGUCACGAGUUCUUGUUGCUUGCAAUCAUGUACGUGCGAUAAAACUCUUUAUCGAAAGUAUCAAUUCAAAGUGUCAAUAUGUGGCUCAUGAAUGUGGUAGUUAUUCGAGUUUUCUUAAGGGCGAAUGCUUUUCUUGUAAGAGCAAAAAUAGUUUGAGUUGUGGAGUUAUGGGCUAUCAUGCUGACACGAGUCCUGCUUUAGUUAAACGUCAGGCAAUGGGUCAGGAUGUCUCGUCUCUGCUUGGUUCGAAAUUCUUCUUUAGUACCGGAAAAGAAGAUCCUUAUUGCAGAAGACAUUACAGGAUAACGAUUAAUUUAGCGAGACCACCGACUGCCGAGAGUUGGGUCCAGGGUUUCAUAAAAGUUACUUUCCACGCUGAGAAUGGAAUCAUUCGAAAUAUUGAUCUCACUCCUAGUGGUUACAUGAAAUUGGAACAUGGAACAUCAACUCGAAUGGUUGUGGCCCAUCCUGGAGGAUCAACUGGUGAAAUAGGCAAAAUUCGACGAGUUGAAUUAUCCUGGGCUUACGAUAUGGAUGUUUUACAACCACGUUCCCUUUGUUUCUUCUGGUGUAACGAUCAUUUGUACGUUAACAGCAUCCUUGUCGAUAUUAUGGAACUCCCAGGAAGAGGGAAAAGGGAAGCGGAUUUCUCCAGUAGAUUGUGUUCUGCAAGUAAACGUGACUAUGCGGAAAUAGCGAGUGGGUCAACUGCCUCUUUUGUCGACAAUUGCUGACGAAUUAUGCAUUUGUGAACAAUUUCAAAUUGUGCAGUGAUCUCAAGCUCUUUAGACUAAUCUCGCCUCUUUGAAAAUUGAAAUCAUUCAUUAGCCAAAGUACUUAAACAAAAAAAAAAGAAAGGAAACAAAAAAUUCGAACAAUCGUUAAUUACUAAGAAUAAUAAUAAGGAUGAUUAAACAUUUAGGGUGAAAAGAACGUUUUUCUUAAUUUUUAAAAAUUAAAACAACAAUAAGUCAUUUUGACUUGAUUUAAAUUUAUUGAAAAAUUUGUGAUUUAAAAAAUACGUUUUUGGGGGAAAUUUUAAAUUUAGUGUAAAAAAAUGCGUGUUCACCAGUAUUAGUAUGAUACGAAUUUUGUAAAUUUUGUAAAUAAGUCUAAUUUUAGAGUAAUAGAUUAUUUUUUAAUCUAUUCUUAAAAGAUCGUUCACCUUUAGUAGCAGGUGAGAAAAAAUUAUUAAUUGCUGGAAAUUAAUCUAAAUACAAUGAAAUAUUUUUUCUUUUGAUAAAAAGAACAUUUUAUCAAAGUUUUAAAAAAAACGUUCUCUUUUUUUACGAAAGAGAAAAAAGGUAAAAAUUUUUGUCCCAAAUUGUUUUCAACAUACAGUUUUAUAAAAACUCUACUCUAGGUGAAUUGUCUUUAACAGACACCAAGUCUGAUUCGCGCGGCCAUAUUUGUCAUUAAGAAAAUGCUAAUUAGUCGAAGAAAGUCCAGUGUGAAAAAACUAAGCUUUUUUUUGUAAAGACAUCUUUCUUAAAAAUGUUUCCCAUUGUUUUUAAUCUAGUGCGUAAGAAUUAGCCUUUUGUGAUUUAUUUUACUAGUUGUUAGAAGUCUGAAUGUCCAAAUAGUUCAGAAAUAGUCUGUUAAGAAUGAAAAAUCAAAGUUAAGCCUGAUUUUUUAGAAGUUAUUCUCAGUUCUUCUAUGAUUUGCAAGGGAAAUUCAAAUCCAUGGAAAUUAUGUAAAUGUAUAGAAUAUAGUAAUUUUGUUUAGAAAAUCAUUUGUCUAACAAAUAUUCAAUCACAAAUAAUAUUUAAUUAGAAAGAAAUUCUAAUUGAAUGAAAUAAUUGACAAAAUAAAUAUUCAAAGGUUCUUAGAGGAAAUGGAAUACUUCUAAAUAUUUCUUUAAUACUUUCAUAGAAAUAUACUUUAGCGGUAUUGCAACGAGUAUUUUUUUUUCUCUUUAAAAAAUUAAUUUUUAACAGUUGUUAAACUUUUAAUUAUAUUUAUAUACAAUUACUCAAAACAAGAAAAUGUACUAAUAGAAAAAUACUUAUUAGUGAAACUACUAUUUUUUCCGUAACCAAUUGUACAUCGAUUUUCUUUUUCAUUCUGUAACAUUUUAUAAUUGUAAAAAACAAAACAUGUGAUUCAACCCAAUAAAUAAUAGGCUCCCAAUUAAA